UUUACGCUGAAAGUUCAAGUGAAUGACAUCAUCAGUCAUCAGUACCUGCAACAAGCUGUCGUGGAAGUGUUUGUUAACUACACAAAGACCAACUCUACUCUUACAGGAAACAAUGGAGCAGUGUUAAUAAAAGUUCCCUACAAAUUAGGCUUAAGCUUAACUAUUGUAUCUUACAAGGAUGGCUACAUGUUGACACCUUUGCCUUGGAAGACUGGGAGGAUGCCAAUAUACUCAUCUGUGACGCUCUCCUUGUUCCCACAAAGCCAGGCUAAUAUAUGGCUGUUUGAAGAUACUGUCUUAAUAACUGGAAAACUGUCUGAUGCCAAAUCUCAACCAAGUGUCCAGUUUCCAAAGUUUUUAAUAAAGCUUCCAACAAAUCACCAUAUUACAAACCUUACAGCCUACCUGACAGUGCCAGAGCAAUUCUUGAAAGUGGACAGCUUCUUCUAUACAACAGGAAUUCUUCUAAAUAAAUCAGGUUUCAAAAGCAUGGAGUUAGCUCCUCUUGCUGCAAUCUGUGUAAACGUUCUUUUGACUGGGAAAGAACUGCAAGUAAAUGGUCCCAUCCAGAUUACGCUUCCUCUUCCCACCAGUACUGUAAAGCCAGGAGAUGCUGUACCUGCAUGGACAUUUGAUAUGAAAACUGGUGCUUGGGUAAGCCGUGGGCUAGGAAUGGUGAAGGAAGCAGAUGGUCAGUUAGUGUGGACAUACACUGCUCAACACUUAGGCUACUGGAUAGCAGCUCCACUGCCUGGGACAAGAGAAUCCAUUAUUAGUGCAGUUUCCAAGGACAUCACUGCCUACCACACAGUGUUCCUUACGGCCAUACUGGGAGGUACUGUUGUCAUAAUCAUCGGAUUUUUUGCUGUUCUUCUUUGUUACUGCAGGGAUAAAUGUGGCCGGACACAAAAGAAGGAAAAAAACACAACGAAGCUGGAGGUCAUAAAGAAAGACCAGACAACAUCAACAACUCACAUCAACCACAUCAGUGCCACCAAAGGGUCUCUAAAGCUGGAGGAUAAGUCGCAGUUAUACACAUCAAAAAUUUCUUACAGCCCCCAAAGAAGGAUGUCCACAGACACAGAAGAUGGAAAAUCACGAGACAAUUUUAAAAUCUACACAGAGGAUGCUUCUUAUCAGUCCUCCUGCCAGACAGAGCAGUCGAGAAAUUCAGCCCAUUCCCUGGAACCCAGUGCUGGAGUUAGGCACUUACAGCAGCCGAAGCAUAGCAGCAGUGCUAUUUCUCAGGCUCCUAGGGACAUUCAGGACCAAACCAGAUUCCUUACGCUGAAAGAGGACAUGUAUGGGCUUUCCCAUAUCCCAGAACAUCUCAUGCACAUUUACAAUCAGCCUAUUGCCAUCCUUCAAACCUCAGACCUUUUCCACUCCCCGGAACAACUGCAUCCUGCUAAAUCGGCAACGCUGCCAAGGAAAGGGCAGUUGGUGUACAGCCCCCUGAUGGAACCCAUGAGUCGUGACAGCUACAUGCAGACGUUGCCCAAGAUGCCAGCGCACUCCCACCCACAGCCUUCUGCCUGCAGGGAGGAAAGCAGCGCGCUGGACGGCGAGGAGGGCUUGCCCUCCCAGGCGGCAAACUGGGGCCGCUACACUAACAGCCUGCUGGAGUCUGUCUCCGUUCCCGGGACACUGAACGAAGCAGUCGUAAUGACUCCGUUUUCCUCCGAACUUCAAGGCAUUUCGGAACAAACCUUACUGGAGCUCUCUAAAGGAAAGCCAUCUCCACACCCUCGAGCAUGGUUUGUUUCCCUGGAUGGAAAGCCGAUCGCUCAAGUGAGGCACUCCUUCAUAGAUCUGAAAAAGGGCAGAAAGACAGAAAGUAAUGACACCAGCCUGGACUCUGGUGUGGACAUGAAUGAGCACCAUCCCAGCAGGAAACUGGAGAGAGAGAAAACUUUCAUUAAAAAUAUGCCACAUUCUAAGAUCCUUUACUUGGAAGAUCUGGAUCUGAGUAGCAGUGAAAGCGGGACCACUGUCUGCACUCCAGAGGACCAGGCUGUGAGGCACAUUCUGGAUGGAGGGAGUGGGCCAGUGGUAGAACAGCAUGAGGAAGAAGGCCUAAGAAAGAAAACUGUAUCAGGAAGUCAUGAAUCUGGUAUCCCUUCUGCUAAAAAAAGGGAUAGGCCAUCUAUCACAAAAAGAGAUAGCAAAACCAAUAUCUGGAAGAAAAGAGAGGAGAGGCCUCUGAUUCCUAUAAAUUAA